AUGCGAAAAAGGUAAGUAUAUUAAAUUUGUUGCAGGAGAUUUUUUGAUUCGCUUACCGUGUUGUUUUACAGUGGCACCAAACGAAGACGUGAGGACGAGGACGGCGAUGCCGCUGAUGCUUAUCCUGAGGAUGAGGAUAGCAGAAGUCGUCUGACCCCGGUACCCGUGCCUAAGGGCAGGGAAAAGGAUGCCGAGUUCUCCGCUCCAAAAACUCACAAAUUGACGGAUCUCGACGAGGAGACACAAGCUCAGGCUCCAAGAGAUGAGGAUGGUCCGGCUGUCGUCGACCAAACUCAUUACAUUAUCAUUCCAUCUUAUGCGUCUUGGUUUGAUUAUAAUUCGAUCCAUGAUAUCGAGAAGAGAGGAGUGCCGGACUUUUUUAGAAACGACAACAAAAGCCGAACUCCCGAAGUGUAAGUGAAAUAGUAGUGCCUUAACUUCUGUCUUAGGUACAUGACUUACCGAAACUUCAUGAUUGACACUUAUCGUCUGAAUCCAUUCGAAUAUCUCUCAUUUACUGCUUGCCGUCGCAAUUUGUGUGGGGAUAUUUGCUCCAUUGCCCGAGUCCACUCCUUCCUUGAGCAAUGGGGUCUAAUCAACUACCAAGUUGAUGCCGAGAAUCGCCCAGCUCCAGUCGGCCCUCCAGCAACUUCUCACUUUAUGGUUUUGGCCGAUGCUCCGAAUGGAGUUCAGCCCGUUAAUCCAUUCCCACAUGGAUUCCAAUUAACUGACCGAGCUGUCAAAACUGAAAAGGUUGAGAAUAGAGAAGUUGAUCAAAAUGGGGAAGAGGAGGUCAGAGAAGAAGGAGAAGAGGGCAGCAAGAUCAAGGUGAAGGUAGAGAAACCGAAGUCUGGAAGGUUAUUUGAACCUGGGCUGAAGACUGAUCAAUAUGCAAAACAACUUGCUGCCAUGAAGAUAAAGGGUGCGGCCCCUGGCCGAGAUUGGGAUGAUCAAGAGACCUUGUUGUUAUUAGAAGCCUUGGAAAUGUAUAAGGACGACUGGAACAGAGUCGCUGAUCAUGUGGGCUCAAGGAAUCAGGAUGAAUGCAUUCUUCGUCUUCUCCAACUUCCUAUCCAGGAUCCCUUCUUGGAAGAGGGUGCGGAUGAUGUUCUUGGUCCUUUGGCUUACCAGCCCAUUCCUUUCAGUCAGGCUGGGAAUCCCGUCAUGAGUACAGUCGCCUUCUUGGCUAGUGUUGUCGAGCCAAGAGUUGCGGCUGCUGCAUGCAAAGCUGCUUUGCGUAUGUGUUUCUUUAAUUAUUUUAGGUAGUAAAAUUUUGGUACCUAAAUUAUAAUUUUUAGAAGAGUAUACAAAGAUGAAGGACGAGAUCCCUCCGCUGUUGUUGGAGGCCCAUGCAAAAAAUGUUGAAGCCCAUGCCAAGGCAAAUAAUGGAGAGAUUGAUCCGGAAAUUGGAUUGAAACAAUCGGGGAUUGCUGUUGAGGAGAAGGUAAGAGAAAUUUUGUAUCCAUUCAUCUUUAUUUAGACUGAUGACACCAAUAAAGAAGACGAAUCGAUGGAAACUGAUGAGAAGAAGGAUGAGGAGAAGAGUCCUGAAAGUGAAGUUGUAAAGGAGGCCCGUCAGUUAGUCUCAGAGAAAGUUCAGACGGCCGCUGCUUCGGCGCUGGCUGCCGCGGCUGUAAAGGCCAAGCAUUUAGCCAAUCUGGAGGAAAGGAGAAUGAAGAGUCUUGUUGCCCAAUUAGUAGAAACUCAAAUGAAGAAGUUGGAGUUGAAGUUGAAACAUUUUGAUGAGGUAGGAUGAUUUACUGUCGUUUAUAUUUUUUCAGUUGGAAGCGAUUACUGACAAGGAACGAGAAUCGUUUGAAUAUCAAAGGCAACAACUCAUAUUGGAACGUCAAUACUUCCAUCUAGAUCAACUCCGUUAUAUGCAGCAGAGAUCGAAGACUGAUGCUUAUCAUGCAUUGAUGCAGAAAGGAGAGUUGGAGCCCGGAUUUGAAGUUAGAGGAUGUCCACCGCAGAUGCAACCUCAACUGGUACCAUCACAACCAGGCCCAACGGUUGCUCCAGGAAUGACCUUACCGCCUCGAGGAGACUCUGCCAAUGGAGCACCAUCUGAUUCGAAGCCAACUGAAGUCGCCCCGGCUGAGACGGCUGCUCCAGUUGGAGCUCCCCCCGCCCAGGCUGUUCCUCAGCAGCCCACACCUCCGCAACCAGCUCCUCCAGGAGCUCCUUCGGAUAAUCUAAGCCAGCCUCAGGUAUCAAUAGCAGUUCCCCCGUCGUCAGGAGCCUCGAGUCAACCACCUCCAGCUCAAUCUUACGGGUACCAACCUCCGUAUGGCAAUGGACCUCCUCCUCCGCCCCAGGGCUAUCCCCAAGGAUACCACCAACCUCCUCCAGCUGGUCAUUAUCCACCACAGCAGCCUCCUCCACCCCAACAAUACUAUUCUCAAGGUGCCCCACCUCCAGGUGGACCUCCACGACCGUAUGCCCCACCACCACAGCAGUACAACCAGAGGUUCGGGCCUGGAUAUGAUUACAAUUACCAACAAGGACGGCCUGGAGGAUACCCACCGAGUCAAGGGCAAUAUCCAUAUCCCCAAGGAUAUUCAAGUGGUCAAGUAAGUUGUAAGCAGUACUUGUAAGAUUCCUUUAGUACUAUCCCCAACAAGGAGGUCAACCCCCUCAUCCCCCACCAACACAGCCAGGAGAAGGUCAAGAACAACCUCCGCCACAGUAA